UAUCGAGCCUUCAGGUGCACACGUCUCUGCUCAUGCUGAAGGGAGGUGGAGGGGCGAGAUGGAACUUGCAUUCCUCAACUCUCCUCUGAAUAGCCUUUAGAUCAGGCUUUGUGGGAAUGAUUGUCAGUGGCUUAAUGAGUGCAUUUGCCAAGCUGGAGGUUUUGGCAACAUGUAUGACUGCGGCGGCUCUGUGCGUGUUCACCACCGGCUUCUGUGACACAACAGUGGACUGGGCUCAGCACCCUCUGUGUUUUCGUUCUUCUUUUUCUGCCGUACUCAGAGUUUUCCUGUCAUGCUUUCUUUUUAUUGGAAAUGUUAUUACCUAUAACGGAAUUGUUACCCUUCCCAUGGGCACCGGUGCCGGAAAUCAAGUGAAAGCUUGUACUGCAUCUUCACCAUAGUCAUGAACUGAAAACAAAGUGGAGAGCGUUAAUUUCCUGUGACUGUCCGAGAUCUCGACACUAUGACGUUGCUGAGGAGCCCCAGACUGGCCACCGUGCUGUUGAUGGUUAUCUGUAUUUGUGCCUUUCAUACGACCUCAGCCAUUGACAUCCCGCUGGAAGUUGAGCAGCUGCCCACCAUCACAGCUCAGUCGCCCAGCACUCUCAUCGCCUUUCCCUUUGACGAAAGCUUCCCCGUGAUUUGUGAAGCCAAAGGGAAUCCCGAGCCAGAAUUCAGAUGGACAAAGAAUGACCAGGAAUUCGACCCCUUUCUAGACCCCCGCCUGAUGAAAGAAGAGAAUUCUGGGACCUUUGUGAUACCCAAUAAUGGGAACCUUACAGAGUACCAGGGAACCUAUCACUGUUACGCCUCAAACAAACUAGGCAUCGCCAUAUCGAAGGAGAUUGAGUUCAUUGUGCCCAAUGUUCCUAAAUUCCCUAAAGAGACACUCGAUCCUGUCGUGGUAGAAGAAGGCCAGGCAUUUACUUUAAAAUGUGACCCACCUAACGGUAUACCUCCACUGCAGAUCUACUGGAUGACUAUUAAUCUCCAGCACAUUGAGCAGGAUCAGAGGGUGUCCGUGGGCCUGAACGGAGACCUUUACUUCUCCCACGCAGUGGAGAAGGACAGCAGGAGAGACUACUGCUGCUUCGCCUCCUUCCCCAGAAUACGAACGAUCGUUCAGAAGACCGCCAUGUCUGUCAUUGUCAAGACAAGAAAAAGUGACAGUUCUGAAAAUGCUAAUGCAAUUCUGGAGAGAAAACCCUCUCUUCUGACGCCCCCUGGUGGCAAAUCAGAGAUACAGCUGGUCAAAGGAGAGGACCUGAACCUGGAGUGUAUUGCUGAAGGAUUUCCAACUCCACAGGUUGAAUGGAUGAAAAUGGGCCACAAAUUUCCUAGUAAAGUGAAAUUUGAGAAUCAUGGAAAAUUGGUGAUUGUGCCAAGAGCUGAGCUGGAAGACAGUGGGAAGUACAUGUGCAAGGCAAAGAAUCCACUGGGAGAAGUUCAACAUACCUUCACCGUGACAGUCGAAGAGCCUCCAGAGUGGGUGUUUGAGCCUGAGAGUCAGCUCAGUAUGAUCGGCUCAGACGUGCACAUCAAGUGCUCUGCCAGUGGGAUUCCUCAGCCGACGACUACAUGGAGGGUGAACGGUGGACCUCUGCAGGAGUCCCCAGCACGAAACAGGAGGGUAAUUGGUGACACCAUAGUUAUACAUAAUGCCCAAGUUUCUGACAGUGCUGUCUAUCAGUGUGAGGCCUCCAAUAGACACGGAACCAUUCUGUCCAAUGCAAACAUCAUGAUCAUGAAUCUGCAGCCCAUGAUUUUAACAAGUGAGGGGGAGGAAUACUCUGUUGUGGAGAGGAAGGGAGUGACGAUGCACUGCAAGGUCUUCAGCUCUCCUCCUUCUACAAUCACUUGGAGCAAAGACGACUCCCCUGAAUCUGUUCAUGGACCCAGGUUUACUGUUCAUGAAAACGGGUCACUGAAGAUCUACAAUGUGGAGAGGGGUGACACAGGACAGUACACGUGUUUGGCCAAAAACACAGAGGGAUCAUCUGCUAUCAAUGCCAUGCUUUAUGUAAAAGAUCCCACUCGAAUAGUAGUGGCCCCGGAGGACCAGCGGAUCCUAAUAGGUACCACGGCCCAGCUCUCAUGCCUGGCGGAGUACGACAAGUCCUUCAGCAAUGACUUUGAGCUCCUGUGGGAAAAAGAUGAUAUGGAGAUAGCCCUCAACUACACUGAGAAUUCAAGAUACUUUGUGGAGAACGGUGUUUUUCACAUCAUGAAUGUGAGCCACAGCGACCAGGGUGUGUACACAUGUGUGGCAAAAACUCCAGCGGACCAGGACGUGGCCUCAGCCCUGCUCAUGGUGUUAGAUGUCCCCGAUGCGCCGGAGAACUUGGUACUGUCUGACCGCAAGGGCAGAAAUGUGACGCUGAAAUGGGUCCCUGGGGACGACCACAACAGCUCAACCACAGAGUUUAUUAUCGAGUACGAGGAGAGCCACUGGGAACCAAGCAACUGGAAGGAGCUGCUCCGAGUACCUGGGAACCGCAACUCUGCUGAGCUCAAGCUCAACGGCAAUGUCGACUAUUGCUUCAGAGUGUCCGCCGUGAACGCUGUGGGAACCGGGCGUCCUAGCGAGGCCACAGAGAGAUACAAAACUCCUCCAGAAGCCCCUGACAGGAACCCUGAAAAUAUCAGAAUCGAAGGUCAUUUGCCACAUGAAAUGGAUAUCAAAUGGGAGCCCCUGUUACCCAUUGAGCACAAUGGUCCCGGGUUGGAGUACAAGGUGAGUUACAGACGACAAGAUGUGGAAGAAGGCUGGAAGGAACACACAGUGAAGAGACACUCAUUCGUGGUGAAGAACACCCCAACUUUUGUUCCCUACGAAAUAAAGAUCCAAGCCAAGAAUCGUCAGGGCUUUGGACCUGAGCCCAAGUUAGUGACUGGCUAUUCAGGAGAGGACUUUCCCUCUGCUGCACCUGAUGAUGUAGCUGUGGAGGUGAUGAACAGCUCCGUGGUCAAGGUUAGCUGGACACGAGUACACAAGGACAAGUUACAUGGACAUCUGGGAGGCUACAGGAUAAGUUGGUGGCGUCUGCGCAGUCUGGUGGACUCAAAGAAAAGUCCCGGAGAUAAACACACGCUGGCAGUCCCCGGGGAUAAGAACCACGCCACGGUACCAAUUCUGACGCCCUUCUCCGAGUACAGCCUCAUCGUCAUGACCUUCAACGGGCGGGGCAACGGCCCAGGCAGUCAUCCCGUCAACUUCAAAACCCCAGAGGGAGUCCCAGAGAAAAAUCAUGAUUUCAGGGUCACAGAUGUACAGAGGCACACUGUCUCUCUGGCCUGGAAGCCGCCGUUGGAGCCUAAUGGGAUUCUCAUUGGCUACCUCCUUAAGUACCAUCUCAUCAAUGACACAGAAGAAGUGGGACCACUGCAGACAGUAGAUAUUAGCAAACCUGAGACCACCACAUGGAUCCUGCGUGACUUGGAGCCUUUGAGUAAAUACAAGUUCUACCUGUGCUCCUGUACCACGGUGGGCUGCGGGCCUGACGUCAGCGACGAGUCCACCACCACCCUGGAAACAACUUCCAUUUUGGCUCCUGCUGUUGGCCUCAGCAAGUCAGCUUCCCCCUCACCUCCAAGCACUCCAAAGUCCCCUGUGACCAAACCCACUCGUUCCACCAUAGGUCUGGCCAGCAUUCACGGAGGAAUAUCUACCAAGGGCUGGUUUAUCGGGCUGAUGUGCGCCAUUGCUCUCCUCACACUCAUUGUGUUGAUCGCCUGCUUUGUCAACAGAAAUAAAGGAGGGAAGUAUUCCGUAAAAGAAAAAGAAGACCUUCACCCAGACGUGGAGUCUCAGGGCAUGAAUGACGACACAUUCUGUGAAUACAGCGACAACGACGAGAAGCCACUGAAGGGCAGCCAACACUCGCUGAGCAGGGAGAUCAAAGCGGUGGAAAGCGGGGACAGCCUGGUGGACUACGGCGACGAGGACGCGCAGUUCAACGAAGACGGCUCCUUUAUCGGCGAGUACGCCGGGCGGAAGGAGAAGAGGGCGUCCGCUGAGAUCAAAGCCACCAUUCAGACCCCGGCAUGAGGAGCAGAACGGGCCAUCCAGUUUCCACGAAAGCUGACGGAACAAAAAAAGAACAACAGGAAACAGACAUUAUUCAUGCGGAGCGCAAGUUCUGUGUCAAACGUAAUGUGUCGUUGCCAAGUGCACACUGCCAUUCUCAUUUUAUACAGCUCUGUUUUGUUAAGUUGCAACAGAAUGACCAUUACUAAAUACAGUGUAUAUAUAGUGUAUAUUGUAUGUGUGGAGUGUCUUUUUUUAUAAUUAUUAUUACUCAAAAUUUUAGAGGGCUUUGUUUUUAUUUCCUUUCCUUCAGCUGCAGUACUCUUUGUACUCCCCUCUGCGCUGUGCAUCGUUAUAUGCAGCUUCGCCUCUGGUGUCACCUUGUAGCAGGCCACAGACAAAGUGGGGAUAUCAAGUUGAUAUUUUUUCAAUUGGAACGUAUAUUACUGACCUUUUAUAUUUGAAAUGGAUUCAUUGAAUAUGAUGUAAGAUGUGUAUAAAGGUUUGCUUAUUAACUUAUUUUUUUCCAGUGGUUUUAUACCUGACAGAAUAAUAAGACAGUUCACAUAUCAUUGCAUAUUAUACAGACCACUUCCUGCUCCUGAAUCUCCUUGUGAUGUUAGGAUACAUAAUUUAGUUGUACCUUGUUUAGAAACAUUUGAGCUGUUAGUUUAAAUCACACAUUUACUGUAACAGCCGAGCGGUGCUUCAGCAGAUUUGGGGUAAAAAGUUUCAGAAAUGUAAUCUAUUACAGGUUGAUAUCAUUAAAUAACUAUACGCAUAACCCAGUCUUGAUUAAAUUGGAUUUAACCACCAGUGUGUUGAGUUUUACAAACCAAGAAUGAGCAGAUCAAUACAAUUUAUUGUCAGUUUGUUUAAAAAAAAGCUGAGAUAGGGGAAAGAAGUCGCCCUAGCAUACAAAGAAAAACUUAGGAAUGUAAUAAGGUACAAACAUGAAGGAUGUGUUGAUCUUUUCAUUAGUGAGGGCCUGUUCCUUUUUACAUUGCUACUUUAUUAAAUUAGUAAUACAAUGUCAAUUAUUUUUUAGAGAUGAUGAAAAAAUAUCAACAAAAGCUAAGGUUUGUUUGUUUUUUAAUUUGUAGCCUGCAAAUCGAAGCUGUGGCAUCGCUAUGUCACUGUCAGAAGUACCUGCAAUGGAUUACAGGCUUCUUUUUUGUCAAUCAGAUUACUCAGUCUGGUUUUAAUAUUUGCCAUCCACCUGCACCGCUAAUUCAGUGUGCUAUAGUGAAGUGUUAUAUUGGUUUUGUUAAGCCCUACUUUGAGUAUGCUGCCACUCCAAAACAGAAUCACUUCUGUUGUUCAGCAUUAACAUUAGCAACCUGAUCGGGAAAACUGCAGUGUUUUGUAAAAGUUCACUCAUUGCAUUGCAUGUUAUAAAUGUUAAUUGGUGUUUUUCAAUGUUAUUAAAUUGCUUUACUUUCCUACAUCAGGGUAAUAGUCUGACUGUCUGUCUGGUCACAGCCAUCACUGCCAGGAGAUUAUUAAUGUUUUCGCUACCCGCGGUACUAUUUGUAGGUCCCCGCGGACGCAUUCCUGACUGAAGUCUCUGCCUUUACCUCCAGCCAUCAGUAAAAUAUGAGCUGAGAGAAAGCACUACCUUGUGAAAUGUCUUCAUUCAAUCUGAAUAAAGUAAAAGAUGUCUGA